AUGCUCUUUCAUUCACUUCUCCUAGUAACUGUGAGCUACAGUCUGGAGCGAAAUACUGCAGUGCGUUCUCUUUCUCCAACGUAUCAGCUCAACCAGGUCCCAGGAGAUGAGAACCCCAUUUUUCUCCCUUCGGAUGCAAAGUAUGACUGGCUUCUAGCCAAAAUCUGGGUGCGUUCCAGUGACUUCCACAUCCACCAGACCAUCACCCACCUUCUGCGCACACAUCUAGUGUCUGAGGUUUUUGGCAUCGCCUUGUACCGCCAGCUGCCUGCUGUGCACCCCAUUUUCAAGCUCCUGGUGGCACACGUGCGGUUCACCAUCGCCAUCAACACCAAGGCCCGGGAGCAGCUCAUCUGCGAGUCCGGCCUCUUUGACAAGGCCAAUGCCACAGGGGGCGGUGGCCACGUGCAGAUGGUGCAGAAGUCCAUGCAGGACCUGACCUACAGCUCCCUGUGCUUCCCUGAGGCCAUCAAGGCCCGGGGCAUGGACAACACAGAAGACAUUCCCUACUACUUCUACCGGGACGACGGGUUCCUGGUGUGGGAGGCCAUCAGGGCGUUCACAGCCGAGGUGGUGGACAUCUACUACGAGAGCGACCAGGUGGUGGAGGAGGACCAGGAGCUGCAGGACUUCGUGAAGGACGUUUACAUAUACGGCAUGCGGGGCAGGAAGGCCUCAGGCUUCCCCGAGUGCAUCAAGACCAGGGAGAAGCUGUCCGAGUACCUGACUGUGGUGAUCUUCACGGCCUCAGCCCAGCACGCGGCAGUGAACUUCGGCCAGUACGACUGGUGCUCCUGGAUCCCCAAUGCCCCCCCAACCAUGCGAGCCCCACCGCCGACAGUCAAGGGUGUGGUCACCAUCCAGCAGAUCGUGGACAUGCUGCCCGACCGUGGCCGCUCCUGCUGGCAUCUGGGUGCAGUGUGGGCGCUGAGCCAGUUCCAGGACAAUGAGCUGUUCCUGGGCAUGUACCCAGAGGAGCAUUUUAUCGAGACGCCUGUAAAGGAGGCCAUGGCCCGAUUCCGUAAGAACCUGGAAACCAUUGUCAGCGUGAUCGCCGAGCGCAAUAAGAACAAGAAGCUGCCGUAUUACUACUUGUCCCCAGACCGGAUCCCCAACAGCGUGGCCAUCUGAGUGGCCGCCUGAGCCCGUCUCACUCCAGGACGGCCAGCUGCUCAAGGCUGGGCUCGGCACCCAGACUCCAGCCUGCCCAGGAGGGCAGGCUCCCAGGGCGGCUGCAGGGCGGGCCUUCGGAUUCCUGGGAAUUUGCCCGCAGGCCCCAGGCUCCUGGCUUCAAACCAAAGGCUCCCCAGGUUAGACCAUGAUAUAGCUAAGCUUCGGUGCAUUUCCCUGUUUGUUCCUCAGUCUCUAGUGAAUCCCAUACUUUGAUCCAAGUGUGUAAACACUGCAGGGACCUUUCCUACACAGAGCAGGACUGUGUAGCUUCCUGCCCACCACCCAGCUCAGCGCUUCUGCAGCAGGAAAGCCCCACAGAGCAGCAUAACGGAUGGAUGUUUGCUCUUGUUGGGGACACGGGAUGAUUAUUUUCUGUUCUAUUUAUGCUUAGUUCAAUUUCUUGCAUACAGUAGGUGCCCAAAUAAAUUCUUAUUGAAUGCAUUAAGAAUUGGUUUUCAUAAAAAUAAAGGAGUU